UUUUUCUUUCCUUCUCUUUCACAUAUGCAGAGAUCCUGGUAGUCCUGAUACUUCUGAGUCUGAAGACAGAAAUGGCUUGUGACAGGGUAAAUGCUGCUUUACCCGACCCUCCCAGUGAAAGAGAAGAGGAGAACAAGGAAGAAGAGAAGACCAUUUGGAAUAUCUUUGCAGAGUUAGAAUCUGUGGAACUGCCUCUGGGAACCACCUUAAGAUCUAUUUACGAUGACCAGCCCAAUGCCCACAAGCGCUUCAUGGAAAAGCUGGAUGCCAGGAUAAGGAACCAUGACCGUGAGAUUGAGAAGAUGUGCAAUUUCCAUCACCAAGGCUUUGUGGACGCCAUCACAGAGCUCCUCAAAGUCCGUGCUGAUGCAGAGAAACUGAUGGGUCAAGUGACAGACACUAAUCGAAGACUACAAGAGGCUGGGAGGGAGGUGACAGCUCAGACUGAGGAGGUCAUUCGCUGUCGGAUCCAGCAGAGGAACAUGGCCACCACUGUAGAGAAGCUCCAGCUCUGUAUACCAGUGCUAGAAAUGUACAGCAAACUAAAGGAACAGCUGGACUCCAAAAGAUACUAUGCUGCAUUGAAAACAAUGGAGCAGCUAGAGAAGGUCUACAUCCCCAGGGUCAGUCAGUACAGGUUCUGUCAGAUCAUGGCUGAAAACCUUCCCAGACUGAGAGAGGAGAUCAAGGAAAUCUCCAUGUCAGACCUCAAGGACUUCCUGGAGAGCAUCAGAAAACACUCCGACAAGGUUGGAGAGACUGCCAUGAGACAGGCACAGCAGCACAGGACCUUUAACAGUGCUGUAGCCAAGCAGGCAAGUGUGGGCCACUACACCAAGCCUAUGUACUCCCUCAAUGGACGAACACAGUCUCACACUCACAACGGCCUGAUGGUGGAUGACGACACAGGAGAUGAGGAAGAAGCUGAUGAAGAGGUUCUUACAGCUCAGGACCUGGUGGACUUCUCACCUGUCUACAGGUGUUUACACAUUUACACUGUGCUGGGUGACAGAGAAACAUUUGAGAACUACUACAGGAAACAAAGGAAGAAACAGGCCCGUCUGGUACUGCAGCCACAGGCUAACAUGCAUGAGACAGUGGAAGGCUACAGAAGAUACUUCAAUCAGAUUGUAGGGUUCUUUGUUGUGGAGGACCAUAUCCUCCAUGCCACACAGGGGCUGGUGACCAGAGCUUUCACUGAUGAACUGUGGAACAUGGCCCUGUCCAAGAUCAUCGCUGUGCUCCGCACACACUCAUCAUACUGUGAUGACCCAGACCUGGUCCUGGAGCUAAAGAACCUCAUAGUCAUCUUCGCUGACACACUGCAGGUUUAUGGUUUCCCAGUGAACCGGCUGUUUGACCUACUGUUUGAGGUCAGAGACCAGUACAAUGAAACUCUGCUGAAGAAGUGGGCACUGGUUUUCAGGGAGAUCUUUGAGUUGGACAACUAUAGUCCCAUCCCAGUGGAGACAGAGGAGGAGUAUAAACUGGUAGUCAGCCGCUUUCCUUUCCACGAUGCUGAGAUAGAGAAGCAGGACUUUCCAAAGAAGCUUCCAAUGUCUCAGUCUGUCCCUCAGAUCUACACACAAGUCAAAGAAUUCAUUUACGCCAGCCUCAAGUUCUCAGAGUCACUACACCGCAGCUCAACAGAGAUAGAUGACAUGUUGCGAAAGUCAACAAACCUGUUGCUGACUAGAACAUUGAGCAGCUGUCUGCAAAACCUCAUCAAGAAACCUCACAUAGGACUGACCGAGCUGGUGCAGAUCAUCAUUAACACCACCCACCUGGAGCAGGCGUGCAGGUAUCUGGAGGAGUUUAUAACAAAUAUCACCAAUGUCUCCCCUGAAACAGUGCACACCACAAGACUCUAUGGCUUGUCCACAUUUAAGGAUGCUCGUCACGCUGCAGAAGGAGAGAUUUAUACCAAACUCAACCAGAAGAUCGAUGAGUUUAUCCAGCUGGCUGACUAUGAAUGGGGCAUGGCUGAGUCAGACGGUCGGGCAUCUGGAUACCUCAUGGACCUGAUCAACUUCCUGCGUUCCACUUUCCAGGUCUUCACACACCUCCCGAAUAACAACAAUGACCAUGCGUCGAUGUCGGGAAAGGUAGCCCAGACAGCUUGCAUGUCAGCCUGCAAGCAUCUGUCCACAUCACUGAUGCAGAUGCUGCUGGACACAGAACUCAAACAGAUCAGCAUGGGGGCCAUUCAGCAGUUCAACUUAGAUGUCAUUCAGUGUGAAUUAUUUGCCAGUUCAGAGCCGGUCCCUGGCUUUCAAGGAGACACACUCCAGCUGGCCUUCAUCGACCUACGACAGCUCCUGGACCUGUUCAUGGUGUGGGACUGGUCCACUUACCUGGCAGACUAUGGCCAGCCAACCUCUAAAUACCUGAGAGUGAACCCAGCCACUGCCCUGGCUCUACUGGAGAAAGUCUACAGGGGGAUGAAGGACACCAGUAAGAAGAACAACAUCUUCUCUCAGUUCAGGAAGAAUGACAGAGACAAACAGAAGCUGAUAGAGACUGUGGUCAAACAACUAAGGAGCCUGGUCAAUGGCAUGUCCUCCUAAACACACACACACACACCAGAGUGACGUGUGUGUCACGAAGAGAUAUAAAGAAUGAAACAUGCAUGCAGUCACAUGCACACACUGAACUGCCAAAACACUCACAAAGGAAGGAGAUUUUUACACAGGUAAUGAAGUGACAUACAGAUGAAGAACCACACAGGGAAUUUACACACACACACAUACAGACACACCAUAGUGACAGACAGACAGACAGACAGCUUACAUAACAUAAAGGCACAGCAAUACACACACUGUACAAGGCAUGCAGGGAACAGACAACACAUGAAGUCAUAUCCUCUCCUUACUAUUAUACCUGACUGAAUACUCAAUGUAAAUAACACACACGCAUAUUAAACAGUUUACUAGACUAUUCACAAGACUGAACAGUAACAUGUUUGUAAAGUAUUUUUAAUGGCUAUGACAAGACAAACUAUGUUUUGUACAUUUGUGAGAGUGUAAUGAUUGUAGCUGCAGAGAGAGACUGGUACAGCAGAGGAAGUGACACUCAAGUACUGGGACAACGAGGUUAAAGGUCAACACUUACUGCACCCUUGGUAAAUGGGAUAAACCAUUUCCUGUUGUCCUAUCACAAACCUAUACUAUACUUUUGACAUGAUAACACUCCUUCUGAUUAGAUUAGAGCACAUUUGUCCUGCAUGGAUGAAGGUGGAAUGCAUUUUCUUGCAUUUCAGUCUGAAGAAUUAAAAAUUAAUUGUAAAUCUACAGAGAGAUCAGGCUAUUGGUAAUCUAGUGAUCAGAUGAAUGUCAGUUAUUAUAACUGUCAUCAUUUAAAGGCAAAAUACGAGGCCAUAACUCAAUAAUGACCAAUCCAGCCAACAUUGUGACAGUUGUGCAUCCAUUUAACAUGGGUCUCGUGUUAGCUAAAAAAGAAACCAAGUAACCGAGUUAGACACAGGUUACGCAGGUAAUGGCACAACAAAGUAGCAACAUGGUUUUUCCAAAAUCAGUUUGAUUUUCAGGCUUCUUUACUACCACUGAACUUAUUUUGAGUUUUACCUUACCAUGUGAGUCUGUGGGUCUGAAUUUUAAAAAAACAAUAUAAAAAAUUUGAAACCCAGUUACACAGCAAAAGAAGUCUUUCUUCAGGAAAAAUCGUCUUGGAAGAAGAUAUGAGGUUUCUCGUAUCCUCUACCCCUUUGGAUCUGCGGCUCUAAUGGAUCUCCCUGUUGAUUUAUAUUCCAAUACUGUUAUUUCAGACUGCAUUUCUAUGGAAUCACUGCCAUCAAAGGACUCAGUUGCUGGGCUAAGUAAAUAUGUGCAGAGAUUUGUCCAGUUCAACUUUGACACAUCAAUUUGCACCACGGAUUUAUUGCAAACGACCCGCAGAGCUGACGUAGUGUCCUGUCUGUAUAAGCCGCUCUGUCAGUGCAUUAACUGCUGCACUGAGGACAUGUGGCAUGGUUAAAAGUCAGUGAUGAGAAACAAGUUAGAGCUAUAAACAUGUUCUCUUGUAUCGUCUUAUUUAUCGUAAUGUCCGUAGAACAUUCACAUACAUGAAUAAUUCUUUUAUAGUUGUACAGAUUGUGAGUAUAUGUUUAUAAUUUUUGUUUACUUUACAAGAAUGGAAUCAAUCAAUUGGCUUACUUGGUGUUGAGUCUUGUUGGAUCCUCUGGACCUGUGGUAACUCAUAACAUCCUUCUCUAUUUAAACCUACCGGGACAUUUAUACAUAUCUUCAGAGAAUUGCAAAUCCAGUAUAAAUAGUCACAAUGUCAUUAAGCGUCAAGCAUCACCAAAUCAUUAAGAAGUAUAAAUAAUGGCUUGUGCCAUUUUCUGGUGUGGCUGGUAACUUGGUUUUCUAGUUAACUAUCAUUGCAGUUUCUGUAAAAUAGCUAUGAUAUCAAAAAUGUGAUGAAUCAUAUACAGAUGGUUAGCCUGGCAUGAAAAUGUGUCACUGUUCCCAUUUGGUUUUCACCAUCUAUCUACUUCAACAGAGUCCUGUUUAUGGAAAAACCAAGUUAAACUCAUUGUCCCAACACUUCAACUGCUGUUACUGUGUAUGUGUGUGUGCAGAAACACAGUGACAUUGAGGUCAUGGAAUGAUAGAAGAAUAUAUGAAUGGAUGAUGACGUCUUCAAAGACUGAUGUUCAUGGGGAAAAAAAGGGAAGUUUUGUUGAACUCAGUGGUGUCUUUGCUUGCUGUUUGUCUUCUUUUCUGCCUCACAUUGUAUAUUUGAAGCAACGUCCUGAGACAGAACCUUAGUGACUGAACAUGGAGGAGUGUGCUUGCACACGACACAUGGCUGUCACAGCCAAAUGUGAUGGAACUUGUUUGCAGAUAGCGGUUAUGGGGGUGAGUCUUUGACACCCAGAUUGUAGUUGGAAUCUUCACGUGCUUUGCACAUGAGAAUGUCAAAAAUGGGGCUGAAAAUCUGAAAAGAAGCAUUUUUGGGUCCAUCUUGCUUGGGACACACUUUCCUAAAUUAUGCAAUCUGUUAAAACAACAAACAAACACAAACAUUUAUUAACUGCUCUUAAAAUCAUAUCUUCCUACCACAGAAGCAGUUCCUAAACUCAUGUGUCCUAUCCUAUCUCAAACCAUGUAUUUUAUCCUAACCUAAGAAAUCCUAAUUGGAGCUGUAAACUUGAUUCUUCAAUCGGCACUCGUCCUGUCACGCCUACAUGUGUGUUUAGAAUGUACCUGACUGCCUGUCGCACUUCACUCUUCACUGGCUAGCUAGCUUUUUAGUUAUUUUGAAUUUAGGACCGGGUCUGUACCAUCCUAACUUAGGAAAUUCUUCAGUUAGGACGGUUCUGUAAUAGCUAAAUUCCUAUCCUGAGAUGAGAUAUGAUUUUUCCCCCAAAUGCAUUAAGGAAACAUGUUUUUGUAAUACUAAAAAUCCUAAACGCCAUCCUAAACUGAGAUAAGAUAGGAUUUCAGACUAAGGACAUUGCUGUAAUGAGGCUCGUGGAUUGUAUUAGGUUGGACAGGUUUGUUCAGCAAAGUCUUCAAGAGUCUGAUGAGGAUUUUGGGCUAUGUCAUAGUGACCACUGCAUGAAGCAAUCCUAUUGGAGGGUUUGCAUGUGAUGUCACCAUAUGAGAAAUUUGCCCCCGAUCACAUAACACUGUCACCUGGUAUCAACAUGCAGUCGUUAUCUGGGCGUGUUUGUGUAACUGCAGACAGAACAUAUAGCUAUCGGAAUGUGAUUGGAUCAGCCAGACCACCUCUAGAUGUGUGUUGUGGUCAGUUCUCAAACAGGUAUAAAUGUAUAAAUCACGUCUCUAUUGUUUGGAAAUAUUCUUAAGGAAAAAAAUCCAUACAACUAGUUGAAGGCCAAUAAGCUACAGACAAGGCCUUCCUCUUUAAAGGUAAAAGAAGUAGACUUCAGGACACGUGCAGGACACGAGUUACAUGAAUGGUGGGGUUAGCCAAGCUAGCACUAGUGAUAGCAAGCUUCUACUCUGGCUCUGAUUACCUUAAAAAAUAUUUUAUUGUCCUUGUAAAGUCAGUUUCAUUAAUUAGCUAUUUAAACAAGGGGUCUGUUAAAAAUGUAGAACUAUAGGAAAGCACACCUUCCUGUGUAGACACCCAGUGUGGUAUAAACAGGCAGGUUGAUGCUCACCUAAAACCUGCACAUGACUUGUGUUUUGGGUCUGUGCUCCACUUUCAGCAGGCAUUUUUGCACUGAAACAGAUUAAAGUUUUCUUUUAGAUUAAUUCUUAAAUUAAUCUAAUUAAUUUUAAUUAUUUUAAGUUGUGUGUAAAUGCUACUGCAUAUACUGCUUAUUUUGUAAAGCUAUUUCCUGUGCCUGUCUGUUUUGGAGUAUAUCGGCCCUUUAAGUAACUAGUUAACAGACAGAUAUAAUAUACAGAACAGCCACGGACACAGACAGUAAAUGCACACGUGGUUGCCUUUAUGCUACAUUGAGUGUCUGAAUGGGCAUUUUCAAACGUGCAGUAUGGAUCGUACAGUCUACACAAGCUUGCAUUGUGGGCUACUCAUGGACAUAGAAAGAUUAUGAAAUUUACGUCGCUUGCAGCUAUUCGGAUGUACGUAUAAUUUGCACUUUAGUAAGGCACUCAGCUGGUGGCCUACAGAUGCUUUUGGCUGUCUCAGUCUGUGAUGUGACCCUAACUUUGCAUGCCGUAAAGGAUCACCAAGAGUCUCCCACAUAGUUUUGUUUUGCGUCGUGUUUGUUCAUAUGUCCAGCAGUUCUGCUUGCCUACUUGGAUUAUUGAGAUUUGAACACAGUAUGGAAAGAAUCUAGAUGAGAACACCUCUUAAUACCAGGUGCAAGUGCUCAGGCCUAUGUCCAGAUGCCAGUAUCCAUUAAAGAUCAAAUGUUAAUACCAGGUGGAGACAUUUCAGUAUCCACAGCCCAACUGGCACGUUGUACACAUCAUUGAUUAAUCUGAUUACCUUUAUAUGUACAAUUACACAUUAGUUUGUUUAUCUUCCAGGAUCACAGCUGUACUAUUUCAUGGCUUCCACAGCAGUGUUUGGCCACUCAGUGGUGGGUGAGGGUGGUCAGUGGGUAUCAUGUAAAGGUGACAUCAGUGCAUGCCCUAUUCCUCCCUCCUGUCAGUUGUAGGGUUAAGGACAUUAUUUAAGUGACAUUAACUGCAGUUUUCUCUACAACCAAACUACUUGAUUCACGCAAAAAAGAAAACCAGGCCCACAUGGGGAAUUGUUAUUAGUGAUCAUAUAUUAUUAUAUAUCUAACAGUUCAGUAACUUGCAUCCUAAAUUCUUUCUUUAUGUCCUCAGGGUGAAAUGAAGCUUUAGAAUCUCAUGACCCAUGUAUAUCCACAAAGCACAGCAAUAAUGAAUUGGUUCCUUUACAGCCUCGCAGGCAGGUUGAUGCUCACCUAAAAUCUGCUCAUGACUCCAGAUGACAUUUUAUAAUGAGACUGUUUCUAUUCUAUUUAUGUUUUGGGUCUGUGCUCCACUUUCAACAGGCAUUUUUGCACUGAAACGGAUUAAAGUUUAGAUUUAUUUCUUGCCUUUUUUUAAAGUUGUGUGUAAAUGCCACUGUAUAUACUGCAUAUUUUGUAAAGAAAGUAUCACAGCAGUUUGUCUGCUACAAACAGAAUUGGAGGUUGACACUGUGAUAUGCGCCUCCAUCAACACCUAAAGUAAAUAUGUAAUUAAUAAGAGUUUGAAUUUGCGUUUGUUGCUUACUUGGUGAACACUGAUUUGAGCUGUGAGGAGCUCAGUGAUUUACGUUGGUACCUUCUCUCCACUCAUUUGCAUGGUUAAUUAAGAUAUAAAAAUGCUAUAUUAUGUUCUAGCAUGACCCUGAGUAACAUUCCAAUUUGACGUUUGUAAAGAUUUCAACUAACUGCUAAUAGAUAUUAUCCAAGAUAAAGUACAGUUCCAAAUUCAGUUUCAGUCCAAGGCUUUCUGUGGACACACCUCCUUUCUGGGAUUCAUCUCAUGAGUGUAAACUGGUUCUCCUGGUUCAGAGGUGUGUACAGUGCCUGGUCACUCAGCUCUCCCUCUCCUCCCAUGCAUUCAUGCCCAUUUUGCCAUAAAUUCUCAAAUUCAAAUUCAGCAUUCAAAAAUCAGGGCUAGCCCUAACAAAUAAAGGCUGAUUAAGAAACUGAGAAUAGGUGGAAUUCCUGUAGCAUAAUGCCUCACACAGCAUCAUGUACAUUUGUACAGUACUAAUUCCAUCCGUACAAUCAUGUCAUACUCACCACUCUGCUGCUCUCACUUUUUCAUUUUAGCACAAAUACUGUUUUCAUUCACUAAUUAUGUCCAAUUCUUUCUACUUUGUCAGGGGUUUUAGCACUAAGCCACUGUCAGUGCAGAGCUUUCACAUUUAAACCCUGCCAGAAAAAAAGGGUUUCAUUGAGAGUAACUUAACAGCAGUUGAAACAAUGGCAAGUAGAAGCGAUCAGAGUAUGGAAGCAGUAAGUCUGUGACAGAAAAAAGAAACUCCUAGCAGCAGAAUGGGGAGUACAGCAUGACUCUGGUGUUGGAGGUUUCUUAUCAAGACAACAAUUAAACAUGGCGGAAGUGUUGAGUUUACAUCAACAGCAAAAUACACAAGUGGAUCAGAAAUCAGGCAGGCCUUUAACUCAUACAACCCUGUCUCAAAGCAGUUAUGUUGACAUUUUAUACUACUGAUUUGUUUCAAGUGCAGGACAUACCAGAGAAAAAAAGUCAAAUCCAGGCACCAAACCUUCAAAAAGGAUCUGCUGUUGCAAAUUAGCUGUAAAAGUCAUUUCUGUCAUUUCAAAACAAUGGUCAAAUAUACCUAGAAAACAUGGGAAUUAGAAAUACAGUUCCAGAUGAGGUAAAUAUUUGAUAUAGUAUGUUCAUUAAUAUAAUAUACAAAAGAAAAUCCUUGUGAAUUUUGUUGAUUCAGAUACUUACCUAACAACUCAAAGUACAAAGGGAAUCAGUCUGGGAUCUUUUGAUUUGGCAUCAUUUCUGUUUCCUGUUAAAACGGCGAGCUUGUUGUUUUUUUUCCUUCCACAGAAGUGGAGAGAGGGUACAUACACAAUAUCCAAAGGAAUCCUUGCUUUACCUUUGUCAUUGUUCUCAGUAAGAUACCCUAACUGAGAUGUUUUCUUAAAUUUGUUAUUUUUAUUUUGUGUGCUGUAAUAAAAGAUAAUUCAACAGAAGCA